GACGAAUAGUGAAUGUAUCCAAAAUGCUGUCCUCGAAAAGCUCCAAAGCAACCUUCACAGUAAUCACAACAUGUUUCAAAAGUUAAACCCUGGCACGGGACGUGGUUCAGAUUUCGGAUCAAAACCAAUUCAACCUGAAAUCGUUCAGCCAGUUUCAUACGGAAAACCUAUGCUUCCUUACAGUUCUAUGUAUAUUUUCUCUCCAACAAACCCCGUUCGAAAAUUUUGUCAUUUCGUGGUCAAUUUACGAUACUUCGAUUUGUUCAUUAUGAUUGUCAUCGCUUCAAGCAGCCUGGCACUGGCAGCUGAAGAUCCCGUCACGGAGAACAGCGUGCGGAAUUGCCUAUUGGAAUAUUUCGAUCACGCCUUCACCUGUGUGUUUGCCAUUGAAAUGUUGUUGAAAUUAAUCGAUCUGGGUGUUUUUCUACAUCCUAACUCCUAUUGUCGAGACUGCUGGAAUCUCAUUGAUGCUGUCGUCGUAAUCGGAGCUUUAGUCUCCUUUUUCCGGUCAUAUGCAUUUGGAGGAAAAGAGGCUCAUUCCACAGCCAAAAACCUGAGUACUAUCAAAGCACUCCGUGUGCUCCGAGUGCUUCGACCUCUGAAGACCAUCCGCAGAGUGCCAAAGCUGAAAGCUGUGUUCGACUGUGUAGUCAGCUCUCUCAAGAACGUUUGCAUAAUUCUGGUCGUUUACCUCCUAUUCAUGUUUAUUUUCUCCGUUGUGGCGGUACAGCUCUUCCAAGGCAAAUUCUUCUACUGUAACGACUUGUCCAAAUUGACCAGGGAAGAGUGCCAUGGUUACUACUUUGCCUACGAUGAAGGUCCAGUACCCGUGGUUCGCGCUCGUGUAUGGAACUCACGUGACUUCAACUAUGACAACGUCAUCGCCGCCAUGCUCACCUUGUAUACCGUCACAACCGGUGAAGGUUGGCCGGAUAUCCUGAAAAAUUCCAUGGAUGCCACUGAAACAAAUUUCGGUCCAAAAGAGGAUUACGGGCAGCAGAUGGCCAUAUUUUACAUAAUCUUUUUUAUCGUAUUUCCCUUUUUCUUUGUCAACAUCUUCGUCGCUCUUAUUAUUAUUACUUUUCAAGAACAAGGAGAAAACGAGUUGGUUGAUCAUGAAUUAGACAAGAACCAGAAACAAUGUAUGGAGUUUGCUAUCAAUGCCAAACCUCUGUGCCGCUAUAUGCCAAGCAAUCUGAAUUCUGUCAAAUAUCGAAUUUGGCGAUUGGUCGUUUCAAGUCCCUUCGAAUACUACAUUAUGAUGAUGAUCGCUUUGAACACAUUAAUUUUGAUGAUGAAGUAUUAUCGACCUGAUCACACUGAAAUUGAGGCUGCAACACCUGAUUUGGAGACACAAAAAUAUCAAAAUUAUUGCAGUACUCUCGUCUACCUGAAUACGGCAUUUACUGCCAUGUUCACCAUGGAGUGCUUGUUGAAAUUGGUGGCCUUCGGACCAAAAGUGAGUAUCAGCAAAGAAUUAGUGUAUUCAAUCACCAGUCUAGCAAUAAAUUGCUUUGCCACUUGGACGUUUUGUAGUUAG